CACACCUGAUGGUGUUAUUUUUAUUUUUUUGGAGGGGGGAAAGCCCUGAGCGCUCGCAGCACCUGCUGCUGGGUGCGCGGUCUGCGGAUGUUUGGCAUUCCCCAGCGCCGCGCUUCCGAGCCGGGGGCGAGCGGCACGGUGCGGGUUCCAUCUUCCCAGUGGCAGCUGUGCAGCGUCCCGGUGGUGUUCUGUGCACACGGUGAUGGGGCAUCACCAUGGCGAGGGGCAGCAGGGAGAGGAGAAGUGGAGGUGCUGGGUAGGAAGCGGCGUACCCACGGAUGGAGCCCCCCACGCCGUGCCCAGCCCAGUGCAGCAAAGGGGCAGUGGGAUGCGUGGAGCCUUUGGGCAUGGUCUGUUUGGGGGGCACGGAGCCCAGCACGGUUCUGUGGAGCUGUUUCGCUGCACUAAGUGCUGAGCUGUGAGCGUUGCAGUGUGGGGCUGAGCCCCGCUUCCCUGCUCGGAUGCUGUCGGCACACACGCCUCAGAGACCAUUCAAUGCAGACCUAUGUAACUUUAUCCCGUGUUCGUUACAAGCCGUAAUUGAAAAACAAUCUUGGGGUUUUCCUUCCCGUCCCCUGAGGGAUGGGGAUUCUGGCUGCGAGCUGGGAAAGGCUGCGCCGUGCCACGCUGUGCCCCAAACCAGCCCCACGGAGCCCCUCUAUGGCCCUAUAGGGCGAGUGUUCAAUGCACAGCGCCCAGAGGUGCCCAGCGUGGGCUGGAGGCGGCUGUGUCGGGUGGGAAGUUGAGAGGAGGAGAAGUCUGUUGUGGGCCGAGGGGCGGAAGGAAGCUGAGGCUUAGGGAGGGAAACGUGAGCUCGCCGGGCUGGGACGGGGCUCUGCCAUUGCUCUGCUAUUGUGGAGGUAAAAAUAGCCACCGGGUGGUUGGCGGGGACGCUCCCGGAGCUGGGCAGGUGAGCAGCACCCGUCAGGAGAGCAGGACGGUGUCCUCUGCACCAAAAGCGCUGUUAUUUCCCCAACAAGGAGCCCUGGCAGGCAAUCCUGUAUUGCUGUUAUGGCUUUCUGUCCCUCUGACUACGCUGAGGGCCGGUCUGGGGCCCUGGCGGUGGCACAAAGGCCACCAGGAGGAGGUGGCUCGGUCUCCAUCUCCCAUCCGUGCGGGCCGCAGAGCAAACACGGAGGCGAUGCGUUGGGCGCGAUGCUCGCCGUGCCCCCGGAGCGCUCCCCAUCCUGUUUUUAGCCGCUCUCUGCAGCACCCCGGGGCCGUGCACCCUGCUCGCUGUGCCAGCGGCGUCACCGCGGCCGAGGACCUCGCGGUGUCACAUUGCUGCAGCGCCCGCUCGUGACCCAGGGAUCUCCCCGGCGCGGACACGUGGGGACGGCUGAGGUCAGCCUCUGUGCUGGGGGUCAGCAGGUGCCUGGCUUUCCUUUGAGUGGCAUAGACGUUGCUGGAAGCCGAGCAGCGGGACCCCCUCCUUGCACGCACCCCAGCCUGGCCGCGCUCUGCGGGGCGAAAGGGAAACAUCUCUUUAUUAGGGUUGUUUCCUUAAAUAAAGCCCUUGGAGCAAGUGCUGGCCUGGCUGCUCUGCCGUCCCAUGGCCAGCGCUGCGUUAUUAACACCUCAUUAGUUGUUAGUUCCUCCCUGCUCCUCUGGCUCAGCAAAUCCCGGUGGCUUUGUCCUUACUCCCUGACUCCCACCUCUCCGGAGACCACAUUAUUUUUUUUUUCCGUGGUCCUUUGCGCUUCUGCUGACGGCUGAAAUUUCGUUUCUUCUUCUGGAGGUCAGGAGCUCACUUUGCCUUGCAGCUCCUUCUCCUGGUGCGUGCCGACACGCACCGCGCUGCACGGGGCGCAUCCCCGCGGCUUAUCGGCAGCGCUCGGCAUCGCCCGGCUGCCAGCAGCUGGCUCACACUGCAACCUGGGCUUCCACUUGGCCGCUCCCCAGGAAUCUUUUCAUUUAUUUAUAUAUUUAUUUAUUUUUUCCCCCUUCUAAAAUCUCGAAUUGCUUCCCCCAAGUGAUGGCAGCAGCAGGACGCGGCUCUGCGCCAAUGGCGUUCGCGGUGCAGGUGGGUUAGAGGCGAUGGCACCCCACGUCUUCGGGUGGGCGCCCCACGGUCUCGCUUGUCAUUCUGCGGCCACUGGGGCUCAGCUUGGAUGCUAGGAACAAUUUCUUCACCCAAAGAGUGGCGAUGCAGUGGCACAGCUGCCCAGGGAGGUGCUGGGGGCACUGUUCCUGGAGGUGUUAAGAGCCAUGGGGACACGGCACUGAGGGAUGUGGUCACUGGGCACGGUGGGUUGCAUUGGGUUGGACUUGAUGACCGUAGUGGUCUUUUCCAACCUCAGCCAUUCUGUGAUUCCCGUAUUCCUCUGUCCUGCUGCGUAACCCAGGCUAUGACCGCUGGCAGACCUCCCUUGCCGAGGGCUCUGCCUCCUUCCGUGGGAGCACGCUGCAGUGGGGCUGGGGGUGAAUUGCCCCGAGUUGCCCAAAAGCCCCCGUGGAUUUGCACUUGCUUUGCCUCCCAGCGCCCUGCCCGGGGAUGCUGUCUGUGCCAUGGAAGUUAUUUUGAGAAGUGGGGCAGCGCUGUUGGCAUGGAGGGGAGCGGAGGCACCGAGAUGAAAGGUAAAUCUGCAGAGAUAAUUGGGAGCUGCUUCCUGCAGGAAUCAGGUGAAGGCGUGUGCGAUGGGGGGCGGGGGGGGGGGAAGUCUCUGCAGUGCUGGGGGUGCCCCGAGCCCCCUGCUGCUCCCAUGGAGGGGUCCUGGACCCACUGUGGGCAGGGGGCGAUGGGGAGCUGUGCACCCCGCUGCCUCCUCCAGGCCUGCCGGACAUUGCUCCUUCAGGCUUCAUUUUUAUAAACUGCCCUUUGAGAUUUUGUCAUCCCUGUGCAGAUGAAAGGAAGAUGCUGCGGUGCCUCUGUGCGUGUCUCCGUUGCAGCUGGGUGGCCCAGCUUUCUGUUUGGGGUUUAUCAUUUUUUGAGGUGCUUUGGGUUUUGGUUUUUUUUCCCUCUCUAAUCUCUCCGGGCUUCACAUCUUGGCUUCCAACCCCUUGGUUCUGGGCAGCCAGUCCCUCUCCUGCUCCAUCCCUCCUGGGGAUCAAUGGGGAGGAGCACAGCCCCCAGGGUAGAUCUGCCUUCUUGGCAACACUGGCCAUGCCCACUUGGAUUGGCAGCAGGAGACCCCCUUCAUCUCCCCACAAUCCCCUUUGGGCUGCUGUGCGCUCAGGGAGCUGCAGCCCUGCAUUGUAGUGCUGAAGGGCAGUAGCUGAGCCUUUAAAUUCUGUGCCAGUGAUGGAUGGAUGCGUGAGAAUUGCAUUUGCUGGCCUGGUAACAAACAGCUUUGCAUUUUAUGCUGCUUUCCUGCUGUCACUUGGGGAAAUUCAGACACAUCCUAAUCUGCAAGGCCAGGGAUUUCCCUGCUGCAUGAAUGGGGCAGAGAAGCACCCAGGAAAGCUGUGAGGCAGUGGAGAAGCCGGGCUCCCUGCUCCCAGCUCCUGUCUGCAGCUUGGGCAGAGGUAGGUGACGUUGGGUGCUUCUCCCAUGGGUAUGCAGGUCUGGUCUUCUCCUCUGCUCGGCUCCUGGUGGCUCUGGCUCUGCUUUCUUGGCUGAUUUUUCCCUUUAGCCUAUGGACUUGUUGAUCCCUGGGGCUUUCUGUUGAAGCCGUGGGGUCUGACGGCUGUGUCGGGCCCAGAGGUCCCUGGGCUGCUCCGGUCAGGGACUCCUCAGUGGUUUUAUGAGAAAUCAAUGCUGCUUUUGAACAGGUCAUAAUCGUAAAAUAAGUACAAUUUAUGGCUGCUGCCAGGGCCAGGUUUUGUUCCAGUGGUUCCAGUGUGGCAGAGGGAGAGGAAAGAGCACAAAACCACUUUCCCGCAGCGUUUCCCACUUUGUACCAGGGCUGUAGGCCCACACCAGCGGCGGGGGGAACGUGGCGGCCGCGCUGACGCUGUCCCCUCGCCCGCAGCCCGCCGCCAGGUGGAAUGGGGCAGCCAUGAACGGCGAUGCCCUGUGCCAGGAGCCCUCCUCCCCGCUCCCCGACUGGCGCGAGUUCUGCGAGCUGCACGCCCAGGCGGCCGCCGUCGACUUCGCCCAGAAGUUCUGCCAGUUCCUGAAGGAGAACCCGCACUACGACACGCCGGGCGCCGAGGCCUCCUUCUCCCACCACUUCGCCGCCAACUUCUUGGAUAUCUUCAGCGUGGAGGUCAGCCGGGUGUUCGUCUCCGACUCGCCCACCAAGUACAACAUCGUGCCCUUCGUGGGGCUGCAGAACUGCCACGUGCCCUACGGGCGCGAGGUGGCCCAGCGGAAGGAGGAGACGUCCACCGAGUCCUUGGACAGCAUGGAGGCCCCGCUGGGCGCCGGCCGCUAUCUCAGCCCGGCACAGCAGGCGCAGGCCCGCAAAGUGUCCUCCUACGGCCAGUCCCGCAGCUCGGAGGACGUCUCCGUGCACGCCUCCACCAAGCCCAAGUUCAAGAAGGGCUUCUCCUUGAGGAACAUGAGCUUGUGCGUGGUGGACGGCAUGAAGGAGAUGUGGCACCGUAGGUCUUCUCCUGAGCCGGGCGCCGAGGCCGCUCCGGGCAACAGGAGGGCCGAGAGGGAACCGUGGGGCAAGGACCCCGCUGACCCCCGGGAGAAGUGGACCCACAAGCUGCGUCUGUCCAAGGCGCAGUCCUCCAAGGUGGAGCUGGUGGACAUCCAGAGGGAGGGCACGCUGCGCUACAUGGUGGCCGACGACACAAACUGUGUGGGGAGCUCGCAGUGGCAGAAGUGCCGCCUCCUGCUGCGCAAGGCCGUGAAGGUGGAAGGGGAGAGGUUCCUGCUCGAGUUCUACGUCCCUCCCAAGGCUUCCAAGCCCAAGGUGAGCAUCCCGCUGUCAGCCAUCAUCGAGGUGCGGACCACCAUGCCUUUGGAGAUGCCUGACAAGGACAACACCUUUGUGCUGAAGGUGGAGAACGGUGCCGAGUACAUCCUGGAGACCAUUGACUCUUUGCAGAAACACUCAUGGGUGGCAGAUAUCCAGGACUGCAUCGACCCAGGGGACAGCGGGGAUGACAUCGAGUUGGCAUCCUGUGCACAGGGAGCCUGCCUGCCAGGCCGGGCGUCCUCCUGCAGCUGCGAGUUCCUGGCUGAUGGCAUCGGUGUUUCCUUCCAGAUGUGCACAGGCUGCCAGACAGAUGUGCCCUGCCCGGUGCUCACAAUGCCACCACUACCGCUGUGCCCGCGCCCCACGGCCGGGGCAGGGACUCCAUGGGGGAGCUGCUGGCCCACGUCCCGCUGGAGAGCUUCUUGCAGACACUGGAGUCUGCACCCACAGCCAGUGCACACCUUGCAGCGGUGCUUGCGGCCAGGAGAGGACAGUGAAGCAGACACGGAGGUCAACCUCUCCGACUUCCCCUGGUUCCACGGGACGCUGUCACGGAUCAAGGCGGCUCAGCUGGUGCUGUUCGGCGGUGCCCGGAGCCACGGUUUGUUCGUCAUCCGGCAGAGUGAAACACGGCCGGGGGAGUAUGUGCUGACCUUCAACUUCCAGGGGAAAGCCAAGCACCUCCGCCUGUCGCUGAACGAGAGCGGGCAGUGCCACGUGCAGCACCUCUGGUUCCAGAGCAUCUUUGACAUGCUGCGACACUUCCACACGCACCCCAUCCCGCUGGAGUCGGGCGGCGCCGCCGACAUCACGCUCCGCAGCUAUGUGGUGGCACAGAGCCUGCAGCCCGAUGCUGCCCCCCCACCAGCCCUCGUGCCACAGCCACCGCUCUGCCGCACCGACCCUCCGCCCCCACACUAUUUCUGCAACACAGCGCCCGCCGCCCCGCCAGUCCCACCACCCACCGAGGGGGUGACUGUACCCCCCGCCGUCCCCGCGCCCUACCACCGCCUGGAGGGAGCCCUGGGCCCUCGCAGCCGCAGCGACAGCACUGAGCGCCGGCCAGAGCCCCCUGCCACUGGCACUGAGGACUACCACGAUGCCGAUGGUGCCCGCAGUCGGACCCGGGCGGUGGAGAACCAAUACUCCUUCUACUGAGCCCCUCAGGGGCGGGAUGGUGGGGGGACACGGGGCACCGUGCCCCUUGCUGCUGCACCAGCCUCACUGCCACCACCAGCACCAGGGUCAGGACGUCCUCCUUGCUCCUGUGCGAUGUCCCAGCUGGAGCUGGCAGCACCGGGGGGUGCGAGGUUGGAAGCAUCAGUGCCAUUUUGGAGCUUGCAGCACCUUCCCUUUCCCUCCGGACCAAGUGUUCUCCCAGCACUGAGGUUUGGGCGUUUUGGGAUGGGGAUGGAAGUGUCCCUGCAGAGCUGUCCCCAUAGGUGCAGGUCUGUGUGCCUGGAGGCACUGUGCCCCAUGCCCAGCCCAGCUCCAUCCUUGUGCGUCUCUGGGGCACGUGUUUCCCAUGCUCUGCCAGGAGAAGGCUUUUUCCAAAGCUUGAUGCAUCUCAUUGGAGGAAAGUUUUUCCCUGCUUUCCUGCCCUUUCUGUUCCUUUGUCCUUCUUCUCCUUGUAAAGACUCCCUGAACACCCUUCUUCUUCCUCCCUCUCCCCCCUUUGCUUCUGAAACCUCGGAUGCCUGCGAGGGUGUCAGCAGCCUUCUGCCUCCUUUCUACAGCACUCAUUGCCAUCGCUGAAGGCAAAUCUUGUCAAAUACAACACCAGCCCCACUCACAUCAGCCCUUAGUUGGGAUAUCUCUGGGGGUUCAGACAGAGGCCAGGUGCAGGGCUGGAGGCAGAAUUACCCCCAGAGCACUCCCCAGGAGUGCAAACACUACAGACCUUCAGUAGAUGCUAUUGAAGAUUUUUUUUUUUCUUAUAGAAAUUGAAAAACCCAGAGUGAGUGAAAGGAACGGGGCUGCUGCCAGGUGGGUUCGUGCAGGCAGAACACAGACCAGGUUGGGCUGACAGCAUCGGGAUUUCCCUUGCUCAAGUGCCCCCCUGACCUCACCAGUGCCACGCGGCAGCACCGCUGCCUGCAGGGACCAUGCGCUGUCUCUGUCUGUUAGCGGCAUCGUGGCUUUUAAGCAGACCCCAGCAGCAGAUCUCCAGGAGGAAAAGGAGCUCCCUCCUGCACUGCUGAGACCUGGGAGAGAGCAUAGAGCAGAAAGACGCUGGGGCCAGGCUGCUUGCUGGGAUUGUGUGCUUCGUGUAGGGUAUGAGUCAAGCCACAGCCAAGCUCAAACCCCAGUGAAUUGCCUGAAGAGUUGUUCUGGCGUCUGGUUUUGGUUUGGAUCAGAUUUUUUUUGUUAGGUGCCUUCUUUCCUGAGCUAGCAAAGUGUGUCCCUGCUCUGGAGUCACUUGUCCACCUUCCCACGGGCAGGGACAGGGUCUUUGAGGCUUGUCGCCUCCUCCAGGGCUGAGAGCUGCCUUUUGGGCUGCUGAGGGCCGGGAGCUCUCCUUCCUGCAGCCAGCUCCCAUUGUCCCAAACACACAGCCCUCAAACCCUGCCAUGCCAGCAGCCACCUCCCCAUGCGAAGGCUGGGGCAGUGGGAGUGUGUUAUUUCUCCUUGCUCAUGCAAGGAGAAGCCGGAUGCUCUUUGUCGCUGGGUUUAACAUGGACUCCCUUCAUAUACACAGUGAUUGAGUGGGGACCUCCAGAUGUGGCACAGAUGUCACCGCUCUUGUUCUCCCCACAGUCCCCAAGUGGCAGUGGAUGGGAGCACUGCCUUGGAGACCUUCACACAUUGGCUGAUUUGUCAUCAUCUGCAUCACGGGAUAGGAGUGGGGUGGGGGGAGCAGCAAUCUGCAAACAAACAUGUUCAUUUGUAAAUAGGGAAGAGUCUGGAAGAGUCUACUGUUCUGUAGAAUAAAUUAAUUUUAUUUAAAAAAGAAAAAAGGGGACUUGUUAAACAAAUGGAGAACUCGAGUUCCAGUUUUAAAAUAAAACCACUUGCAAAAAGGACA